CUGGGCAGACAGGACGGCACACACUCAGGGCCACCAUGGAGGGCAGCUUCACCGGGGGCGAUGAGUACCAGAAACACUUCCUGCCCAGGGACUACCUGGCCACCUUCUACAGCUUCGACAGUGGUCCCGUCCCCGAGGCUGAGAUGCUCAAGUUUAAUCUGGAGUGUCUCCACAAGACCUUCGGCCCAGGGGGCCUCCAAGGGGACACGCUGAUCGACAUCGGCUCAGGCCCUACCAUCUACCAAGUGCUUGCCGCCUGUGAGUCCUUCAAAGACAUCACUCUCUCCGACUUCACUGACCGCAACCGGGAGGAGCUGGAAAAGUGGCUGAAGAAGGAGCCUGGGGCCUACGACUGGACCCCGGCUGUGAGAUUCGCCUGUGAGCUAGAAGGGAACAGCGACCGGUGGUGGGAGAAGGAGGAGAAGCUGCGGGCUGUGGUAAAGCGGGUGCUCAAGUGCGAUGCCAACCUGGGCAACCCGCUGGCCCCGGUUGUACUGCCCCCGGCCGACUGUGUGCUCACGCUGCUGGCCAUGGAGUGUGCCUGCUGCAGCCUGGACGCCUACCGCGCCGCGCUGCGCAACCUUGCCUCACUGCUCAAGCCGGGUGGCCACCUGGUGACUGUCGUCACGCUGCGGCUCAAGUCCUACAUGGUGGGGAAGCGCCAGUUCUCCUGCGUGCCCCUGGAGAAGGAGGAGGUGGAGCAGGCUGUCCUGGACGCCGGCUUUGACAUCGAGCAGCUCCUGCACAGCCCCAGGAGCUACACGGUCAGCCUUGCUGCCAACACAGGGCUCUGUUUCAUCGUGGCCCGCAAGCGGCGUGGGCCCUGAGCCAGGAGGGCCAGCCAGGGAUGGGGCCAGGCUCAGGCCUCGGCCCAUCUACACUCUAGAGAGGGGUUAGGAAUGGGUAGUGUGUAACAGCCCCUGCUAUCAACACUAAUAGUCCAUCUUCUGAAAUCUUGAGAUUUUAACAUCCUCGUUUUAGAAUCCUAAGUUUCCAACAUACCUAUUUCUAGGAUCACACGAGUGGAAUUUUCCGUUUUCUAAUAUACUAAGUCUGACAGCUACCCUCAGAUGCUAUCUGACUCCCGUGCGAUGGUAGUGCACCUGGUCACAUAGUUUCAGAGUCUUCACCCAGUACGUUUAAGACAAGGAAACCUCUAGACAGUGGCGUAUUGGUAAACGUUUCACAAUCAGCUCUAAAAAAAGCAAAGCAAAAAAAAAACAGCGGAUGGAUGGAUGAUUUGUGGCGUUGCCUAUUUCCAUGGUGUGAAUGCUCCCACCGUGAUUGCUUUCAAGCGCCAGUGGUUUAAUAUCUGGACCACAAAAUUCCUAAAAAAUUAACCAUUGGCCCUCAUGAACUGAUACAAGCCAGCCUGAGCACACCACUGCCUCCAGACUAGGGUUGGCAGAUUUAGCAAAUAAAAAUACAGGAUGCCCAGUUAAUUGAACUUCAGAUGACCAAAAUAAAUUUCUUCUAGGCUGUGUGUCCCCAAAAUGGCACAAGACAUUUUUAUCCAAAACGCGUAUUAAUUGUUUAUCUGAAAUUCAGAUUUAACUGGGUGUCCUGUAUUUCAUCUGGCGGCCCGAUGCCAGCCCUGGUCAUCCAGCCCCAAGGGGGAAGAGGCACAGUCUGGGAGUCAGGCUGUUGCUAGAACAUCAGGUGCCUUGUGUGGACUAGGAAAAUCAUUCCUACAGAUGGACAAACUGCAGAAAGGCGCCCUCUGCGCUGAUUAAUUGAAAAAGUAUUCCUUCUUCCUCUGGAUGGACGAUGAGAACAAGGCGGCCCUUCUGGCAGACCAAUUAGAGAAAGGUGCCCUUUCCUUAAGGCUGGCUUGGUCCCACCCCUGAGCACCUUUCAGCCUCCCUUCCCCUCAAACCUGUACCUAUGUGUGGGGUGCACCCAGCAGAGCUGGACACAGCAGCCCCGAUGAGAGUCAGGAGACCUGGAUUCUAGUCCCAGCCCUGCCGCUAAUUGGCUGGGUGACCUUGAGUGUCUUUUCCCUUCUCUGGGCCUCCUAUUUCCUUUCUGUGAAGUCAGGGAAAUGGGACCUAAUCAAAUAAUCUGCAAGAAAACUCUAGAAGCAGGACAUCAUUGAUGUGAAAGCACUUUGAAAAGUAAAAGGCUUUGCACAAAUGACGAUUGACAUUACUUCCCCAAAGGAGAGCUGGAACAGCCCUUUGAAAUGACCUUGUCCAAUUCCUUUGUUCUAUAGCCCAGAAAGCUGAGGUCCAGAGAGGGUAAGUGACUUGCCCAAAGACAUACAGCAACCUGGUGACAGAGUUGGAGAAGCAGGUUUCCCGACGUCUGGUCCAGUGUGCCCUCCAAGCCAUUAGGUGUCCCCACAGGCUUGGAGGGGCACGGAAGCCCCUCUUCGCCUUGGGUCUCCCCUAGCACGGGCUUGGUCAGCAAUGGCAGUCCUAUCAGCAGAGCUCACUUCCCAGGUCACACUCCACUCCAGGGGACUUACAGACCCCAGCUACUCCCGAAACGUGUCUCUGUCUGACCCUCUCUGGACUUGUCUGGAGACACGUCAUAUAUGAGUAGGCUUUAGAAACGCUUAUGUCGGGAUGAUCACCAGGCAGAGGCAGGUGGGGUGCCCAGCAGACGUGAAGACUCUGCAAACCCGUAUCUAGGAACAGGGAGGGUGAGGGGCUGCCACGAGGAGGGAAAAUGGACCCUGGCAACUCAGAUGUUUUGAGGCAUUUAAAAAGGGGAUGGUUCCUGCAAGGGGAAGACAGGCAAUGUCCAGGAGAGGAGAUUGCUAAGGAGAGGGAGCUACAAAUGUGUCCCUUCUUACAGCUCAGGACCUCCCGUAGAGUGCGAUCUGGCCUAAACACAGGCAAAAGACACAGAGCAUGCAACCCGGGGGCCUCGCUCCUAGGGCAGCUCAGCAUGCAGAGCUGCUGGCUGGCUGCCUUGGGGAAGAGGGUGGGCAAGGGUGUGGGGGAGGUCCAUGGGGGCUUGUGAAGCCUGCCCGGCUCAUUACUGAGUGACUGUGCUAAGCACCUGCCGUGUGUCCACCCGCAGAUAGCUUGUACUCUCCACACGCUGUAAUGAAACAUUUGCGUACCCUAACCAGUGGGCAGAACCUGUGAUAUGCUGUCGAGCCUGGGGGAAAGGGGUCCUUAGAGAAGAAAGCCCCUUUGUAGCUGGAGAAAGGAACCUUCUGUUUGGGGGCAGGGGAGGUGGCCGUUUGGGGCAAGACUCCUUUUGUGUAGUAAUUUACUAAACUGUGACCUCCCUGAGGUGAUGGGGUAGCUCUCCUGCUUUAUUGGGAGUGCAAACAGUAUAAAACCCAACUAUGGUGGCUUCA